AUCAUACCAAGGAAUCAGCAAUCAGGUCAUGAUGAUCUUGUCGCUAAUUACUUUUCCGCAAAUCCUAUAUACACCGAUGAGAUGUUUCGAAGGAGAUUUAGGAUGAAUAGGCCAUUGUUCCUACGCAUCGUGCACACGCUAAGAGCUUGGUCUCCUUAUUUUACCCAAAGAGCCGAUGGAAUUGGUAAGCUUGGGCAUUCACCCCUUCAAAAGUGCACUGUGGCUAUUAGGAUGCUGGCUUAUGGCACCUCUGCUGAUCAACUAGAUGAGGUUUUGAAGAUCGGUGCCAGCACUUCUUUGGAGAUUUUGGGAAAAUUUGCUGAAGGAGUCAUUGCAUGUUUUGGUGAUGAGUAUCUACGUCCUCCAAGACCCGAUGAACUGGAAAAAAUCUUAGAAGAAAAUGAGGCACGUGGUUUUCCAGGGAUGUUGGGAAGCAUCGAUUGUAUGCACUGGGCAUGGAAGAAUUGUCCAAAAGGUUGGGCAGGCAUGUUUACACGUGGUGACAAAGGCGUUCCUACUAUGAUCCUUGAAGCAGUGGCGUCUCAUGAUCUUCGUAUAUGGCAUGCCUUUUUUGGUACAGCCGGGUCUCAGAAUGAUAUCAACGUCUUAAACAAAUCAUCAUUGUUCAUUGAUGCAAUAAAAGGCGAAGCUCCUAAGGUACAAUAUAUGGUAAAUGGAACACAAUAUGACAUGGGCUAUUAUCUUGCCGACAAAAUAUAUCCAGAAUGGGCGGUGUUCGUGAAAACCGUAUCAUCUCCUCAGUCGGACAAAGACAAAUUAUAUUCAAAAAUGCAAGAAGGGGCGAGGAAAGACGUCGAGUGUGCAUUUGGCGUACUGCAAUCUCGCUUUGAUAUUGUUCGACGGCCGUCAAGGUUAUGGAAGCAGGGAGACGUUGUCAACAUAAUGCAAGCUUGUGUUAUCCUUCAUAAUAUGAUAGUUGAAGAUGAGAAGGAAUUGGCUAGAGUUUCAUUGGAUGUGAACGAGAAUGCGAGUGCGACGAUAGUACUCCCAUCUGAAGUGCAAACAAGUGACAACCCUAAUCCAUGCUUCGCAGAGGUGCUUCGAAGGAAUUCGGCAAUCAGAGCUCGGCCAACACAUAGGCAACUCAAGAAGGACCUAAUCGAGCAUAUAUGGCAGCGCUAUGGACCUAAUCGUGCACGAUGA